AUGAUUCUCUAUGACAAGAUAAAGAAUCUGGCAAAGGAUGAAAAAGACGAGUUGUUAUUGGAACACAUGACCAAUGCUACUCUAGAUCGUCUUCAAGUUUACAAGAAGAAGAGUGUUCCACUUGCAAGACUAAAAUUUGCAUGUAUACAAAAUCCAGAUUACUUCCCACCUCCAGAGGGUAAAUGGUGUUAUGAUGACAGUGACUUGGGUAAUGAAGAAAAGAAGAUGGAGGAUUUUGAACCAAAAUGUUGUAAAUGGUUCAUUAAAGAAGAGGGCAAAAAGAAGAAAAGUAAGAAAGGUACUCCAAAGAAAGUUGCUGCUAAGAAGCUAGUUCAAAGAGCAUUAAUUGAUGAGCGAAAGAUAGCUCGUGAAAUCGAAGCAGAAGAUUUUUGGGGUGAUGAAAAUAUUGAAGGUGGUACAGAAAACGUUGAAGAUGAUGAAUGCACAUCUAGUCCGAGGUCAACAAACUUGGAAGAUGUUCCAGAUAUGCCAUUCUUCGAUGAUGGUAGAAUGAAAGUUAGGGAAGAUAAGGUUGAGAAGCUUCCAAAAGAGAAAGCUGCAACAGACGAUAAAGUGAAGGAUCUUGAAGCUCAAAAUGUGUUCAAGUUAAUCGGUGAAACACAAAGGCUUGCUGAAAUUGCAAGGCGUCGUAAGAAAGAUGGCGAGAACGACGAAGAUGAAGAAGAUGAUGACGUGUUUAAAGACUUAGAUGAUCCUACCAUUCAUCCAAAAGACAACAAUGAUGAUAAUGAUGAUGAUGAUGAUCAGGGUGGUGGUAAUGCUUUUUAG